AUGCUAGUUCAGAAAUAUUCCUAUGGUGGACUUUUGAAUUUACACAAACUUCUCUCCAACGCUAGUAUUAACAUAAUAGAAGAAAUAAAAAUAAAUAGGGUUUCAGAUUUUAUUACGAAGCUUCAUGAAUCUCGUAAAUAUAAUGAAAAUGUUUACGAUAAAUUUACCAAUUCAUGUACUUCAUUUGUUGAGAAGUUAUACACAGAAACGUAUUUAGAUAUAGAUAAGUCAUUAACACAGCUUAAUGAGUUGUUAAUAAAAGAAGUGAAAUAUUUACUUCUAACUAAAAACAAUAUAGUGUCAGAAGCAAGUAAAAUGAAAGAAGAAAAUUUUAAAAAAAAUUUAGUGGAUAAGUUAUAUGAAGAAUUUUUACAGCAAGAAAAAUCUGAAAAAGAUGAGAAUAGUGUACUUUACUUUAAUAAAAUUAAUAUGGCAUAUAAAUUAAGAAGUUUUAUAAAUUUAUCCUCAGUUGAUGAUCCAGAAGCAAAUGAAAUUAUUCUUAGUUUAAUACAAAUGGACACGUCAAAUAUAACUAUAGAUCACAAAUCUGUACUUAAAAAUUUUGAUGAGAUAUUAAAAUCUCCAAAACCUUAUACUUUGCUGAAAACCUUUUUUCGUGGAAGUGAAGAAGUGAUUAAUGAUUCUUUUUUAAGAACUUAUUGGAUAUGUCUAAAAAAUUUGUUACAAUAUUUUAAGUCCUACAAUUCGCAUGUAUUACCUAUAUUGGGGGAAGAUUUUAGAUACGAUAUUUUUAAAUACUUAGAUGAUGUUAUAUGUAAUAAUAUGGAAAAAAUAAUAUAUAAAAAUCAAGCAAGUUAUUUUCUGAAUAUACACCACUUUUUUGACAGUUUCAUAACUUUCAUUAUUUCCAAAGUUCACAAUUCUAAAGUUGCUAUUUUAAACGAAAAUGGAAUUCUUACAUCUAUUCAUAUAAAUACUUUGCCUGAUAAGUUAAUUCAGCUAGUUUCCACGAAAUAUUAUUCAGACACUCUGAUUCCCCAUAGGCACUUUGACGAGAUUACUUAUCUUUUAGUCCAUGAGGAUUUCCCAAUCUUAGAUCAUUUAGACAACUUCGAAAUAACUUCUAUAAAUGCUAAUGAUAUCUCCUUCCAUUUCUCUGAUAAUAAGUACACCAUAAUGAACGAAAAUAUAAAAAUUUCUUCUGUGACAUCUCAAGAGAACGAAGAAAUCACGAAAUGCAUGAAGGAGGAAUUACUUCAAAAUUCUAAAAAAAAAGAAAAGGCAAAUCUCACUUACUACAAAUCAAUAGGGGAAAUUUUGGUCAAGUAUAACGGGGGCAAAGAAAUAACAGAGAAUGAUAUUUACCUAUUGUUACUAAACAUGAUUAGAGGCAACUUAACAAAUUUGAGUUUAUUAUUUUCGAUAGAAAUAAUUAAUUAUCUUGAUGAAUACUGUGAAGAUGUGGAAUUGGAAGAUGACGAUUUGGAAUAUACCAGCCAAAAUGAUGACUUGACUUGGGAUGAAAACAGAAGAACAAAAAAUAAUAAAGAAUAUUACAGAGAUGUAAGAUUAAAUUUCUAUUAUCCUGAUAAUCGAGAAUUAGAAGAAGAUGAACUAUAUAAUGGAUCUAUGGAAAAUUCUUCAUAUAAUCAAUUCUAUGAAAAUAAGAAAUUGAAAAAUUUAUACAGAUCUAUUUCAAAUAUUUCUACAAGUUCAAUUUCGGAUGUUGAUAGUACAAAAUCUGAAAAUUCAAAAUACCCAUCAGACGAAGUAAAAUUUAAAAUGAUGUCUUCUCUUCAUUCAUCAAAUUACAAUUCAGAUAAUUCCGAUAAAAAUAAAAUGUAUUCUCCAUAUGAAGAAUCCAUUCCUUCUUCCUCUAACAAUUUAUCAGAUUUAUCAAACAUGUCUAGUAAACACGAAAUUAAUUCUUUUGAAAAUUUGUCUGAUUCCAAUUCUGAUAUAUCUACUUCAGAACUAAGUAAUAAUUUAUCCUCUUCCUUUUCUACUAUAUCUAAGAACUCAACGAAUAAUCAAUCAUCUAAUUUGUCAAAUGGCAGUAACAAAGGUUUGUAUGGAAGUAAUGAAGAUUUGCAUGGCAGUAAUGAAGAUUUGCAUCGUAGUAAUGAAGAUUUACAUGGCAGUAAUGAAGAUUUGCAUGGAAGUAAUGAAGAUUUGCAUGGAAGUAAUGAAGAUUUGCAUGGCAGUAAUGAAGAUUUGCAUGGCAGUAAUGAAGAUUUGCAUGGCAGUAAUGAAGAUUUGCAUGGCAGUAAUGAAGAUUUGCAUGGAAGUAAUGAAGAUUUGCAUGGAAGUAAUGAAGAUUUGCAUGGAAAUAAUGAAGAUCAACAGAUGUCUGAAAGGCCACAUUCGAUUGAUGUAGAAUAUUCAUCCAGUAGAAAUAUGAAAAAAGAAAGUGAAGAUUCUUCAAAUACAUCUCACACCUCUGCUAGUAGCACAGGAAACCAUUCGGAUGACUUCUUAUUAGAUAAUUCUCAGAAAAACUUGAAAGAUGAACCUUUUUUAGACAAUGAUAGUACUAUCCAUUCUACAUCAUAUGCAUAUUCUGAUGCAAGCGAAUUGAAAAAUCUUAACAACAAUUCAGGUAAUAUUGCACAAGGGGAAAAAUCGUACGAUUCGGAAGAUGACAAAAAAUGGAAAGGGUUCAUGAAAUUUUCAAUCCUUAAUAUGCCUAAUAUGAAAAGUGAAUAUAAUGAUAUAAUACAUGAACUAGAAAGUUAUGAAUCUAAUAAUAAAGAAAUAACAAAAAACGCAUGGUAUUUUAGAAAUAUGUGCAAGAAAAAGAAAAUCAUGGAAGUAGAAAAGAUAAAAAGUAUAAAAGAAUUAAAAAAUGAUUUACUGCGUACAAAAUAUAGCGUUUUUAAUAAAAAUUUAUUAUUUCUAAGUGAAUCAAACUUGAGAAAAAUAUUUGAAUCUACAUUUUUCGAUUCUAUUCAAAUGAAAAACGCAAUCAUUAGAAUUAUGUCUUCGUACGAGAUAGGAAAUUUAGAAAAAAUAUUAAAUGUCAAUAUGAGUGAUUUAAAUACAUAUUUUUAUCACUUGCGAAAUGUUUUCUUAAGUAAAAAAAAAAUAUUAUCAUUUUUUAGUUUGAAUACAAGUCAAAAUGUAAUCAAAAAAAUUGAAACGAAACUAUACUCUGUAUUUACCACCGUAUGGUUCCAUUAUACAAAUUAUUUGAGGAAAGUUUUAGACAUAUUUGCAACUAAUGAAUUACACCUCCUCUCAAGUAUGUAUCAUUCCCUAAUUAUGACAAAUAGAGAUGAAAAUCACUUGAAUGUGCUAAAUUAUUUUGGAUUUACAGAUGUUUUCAUGAUAUAUAUAUUAUUAAUUGGAUCUAGGAAAAAUGUGUAUUAUAUUAACCACAAUAAAGCGUUCGAUAUUCAAAACGAUUCCUUGUUAAAAAUGGAUCCUCUGCACAUUGCUCGUGGACACAAUGGCUCUUAUUUUGUGUACAAGAAUAAUUGUGGCGUCAAAAUUUUGAAUACCAAUUUGGAUUCAAAAAACAAAAUUGACGCAGGAUUUGGUUUACAUUUCUAUGCGGUUAAAACCAUUGACAAAUCAAUUUUCAGCUCAAAUAAUUGGAUAGAAUCCGAUUUGGAAGGAGAAACAAAACUUACUCUAUCGAAGAAAAGCAUAUUUUCACUACUUGAAUCAAUAGAACAUGGGAGUAUAACUUACAACACAAAUAAUAAGAUGAACACGGAGAAGUACUCCUUUCUUACCAUUUAUAGAAAUGAAAAUGCAAGUGAGAUUAAUGAUAUACCAGCUUUAAUUACGUCCAUUAUAUGUGGACAGUUAUACGAAAUAAAUAUAGUAAAGGAAUGCAUAAAAAAAGAUGAAGUUUUUUUUUCUUUCAGCAGUAAGAUUAAUUCCAUUGUGUAUAAUUUUUACAAUAACAACACAAGUUUUAAAAAUAAUGCAUUUAUAUCAAGCAAUCAGUCUUAUGAAAAUGUUUUUAGCAAUUUUUACAAUAAUGAAAAAAUACUCUUGGCAACUCUACUCCUUUACCUUGAUGGGAUGAAGCGAGAUAUUACAAAAAUAUCAAAUGAAAAUGAAAUUAGAUACCAUUUUUCGUUUGUCUACAAUAUAAUUAAAAUGCACAUAUUAAAGAAAACCGUGUCAGAAUAUAAAACUCAGUCUCAGUUGUAUUCCCUAGAGAAAAUUAUAUUUAAGUAUAAAUUGUACAGCGAAAAAAUAGCAAAUAUUAUCACUAUGUUAAAUGACUUGAACAGAGGAAAUCCUGAAUAUAUCGAGGUCCUUGAUACAAUUUCAGAAAUUUUCUUUCGGAAGAAGGUUGAGGAUCUAGGUAUGAGCAUGGGACAAGAGGUUCCAGAAGUGCACAGUGAAAUUUUAAUUUUGGAUUUAAUGGAUAUAAUAAACAUAGUAGUAUUUUUUCAUAAAGUCUUAAAUAAAAUAGAGAGAACAGAAAACUUAAAAGAGCUAAUUGACAAAGAAAACAUCAUUAAACUUCAUAUUGAAGAAAUAAUUAAUGUUGUUAAAAAUAUAUUUGAAAGCUAUGAAAAUUAUUAUUAUGAUAUCAUAGGUGAUGAUAUUAGAAAUAUAAUAAUGGAAACUCUGUUAAAGAAAAUGAAAAAUAUAUUUAUAUAUUAUAAAAAGUUUAUUAAUGAAGAAAGUAAAAAAUUGUCAUCAAAAUUUACUAAGAAUUUAAAAAAAAAAAAAUCCUUUCUAAUGUUUAAGGGUCCUGUUGCUUACAAUUUUCCCAUAGAUAUAUCCUAUGGCAAGGUGAGAAAUUUUGAGAAUAUUUUUUUCUUAGAUCUAAUAGAAUAUACAUAUUCUGAUUAUACCAGUUCUCAUUUGAAAUAUUCUCAAGAAAAAAAUGAUGAAGCAUAUAAAAACAUGUCAAUGUUGAUUGAAAGAGUAAAAAAUAUAAGUCUAUUAUAUCAUGCAUUUGAUAUUUCCAAAGAAUAUAAUGAAAAAUUGUUCAAUCACAUUUUUGAUUUUGCUAAACAAGAGUCUAUUAAUGAGUCCUUCGUUGAGAGAAGUAAAUUAUGGGGAAAAACUGUGACAGGAGAUAGCUACUCCAAAUUAUGCAAAGUGAACCUGCAGAGGCUACUUAGGUAUUAUUUCGAAAGUAGCAGGAUACACAAACUGGUGGAUUUUAUGUUGAAAUAUAAUGAAAUAGAAAUAGGAAUUAAAAAACCUUUGAAAGAGGGAAAGGGUAGUAGCAAUUUAUACUUAUGCAUAAGAGAUCAAUGGUUGUAUAAACACACGUUUCAUAAUGGUAAAUCAUAUUUAUCAAAUAUUAAAAUGAAAUUCAAUUUGAAUGUGGAAGACCUUAAAGCAUGCAUUCAACAAAGCACUGGUUACGCUCAUUUGAAUACACUAACAAAUAUUAUGUUAAGCAUAUUGGCUUACGAAUUACAUAACAUAUUUAAUAAAAAAGAAAAAUUCGAUUCUAUGUUUUCAUUAAUGGAUAUCAAGAGAAAUGAUAUAUCCAACAAAUUACUUUUCAAAAUUGAUAACGUCCUGAAUGUAAAACAGAAAUCUGCUAUUUUUUAUUAUUCCAAAAACGCUCUAUUGUACCUAACUGAGAUAUUUAGUCAGCAUUUUAGAGAAAAAAUAAUAUACUUUUCUGAAAAUAUCAAAGGAGGAUAUGAUGUCUACUCCUUUAAUCCCCCACGAAAGAAGGGUGGUAACAAAAUCAUCAUACUCAAGGAGGGACAUACUUUCAAGGUGUACAACCAACAUAGUUCACUUUUCAGCUAUGAAAUGUAUCACUUGAGGGAUGCAUCCACCUUUCAUGUAUACUACGAAGAAUUAGUGAAGAUGAAGAAUUAUCUCGUUGUUCUAGAGAAGGAGUAUACAGAUAACUCAAACAUGUUAUUGGAGGAUAUACAUAUCACAAUGAGGGGACAUAACAAUGUAAAGAAUUACACAAACGUACAGAAAAUGAUAUUGGCUCUGAUAAAUAGAAAGGAUAUAGGAAAUAUGAAAAAAGAAAAUCUAAGAAAUUUAAUAAAUUUAGAUAUUGUUAAGCAUCGAAACAAGAGGGUUAAAAAUAAUUACCUACAUAUGUUGUACCUGGAAAUAUAUUCGCUCUUUGGAUUUGGGCCAUAUAGCAAUUUGGAUAAUUUACUAAAAGAUUUAUUUUUAUAUGAUAAGGGUCUCUUAGAAUGGUUCAAGUCAACGGUGUCGGAAAUUAAUGAGCAUUCAAACGACGUAGAUGAAUACGAUAAAUUGUAUGCUCUCAUUUCUGCUGUAAGGUAUAUGAUUAAGACAUUAGACAAUAUGUUAUCUAAGGAUACAUUAGGAAAAGAUGAACUAGAAAGUAUUAUGGAAAUAUUUAAAAAUAAAAAAGAAGAAGAAGAAAUAUUAAGCCUCGAUUUUGAAAAAGUAAUACCAGAUUUUUUAAAAAAAAAAAAAGAGAUAAAAUAUAAUACUUUUGGAAACAAAAUUGAACAGCUCAAAAUUGAUCAAAAUUUGAGAGAACAAAUAUUGAAAGAAAUCGAACAAUAUAAAUUUUCCAUAGAAUCAAAUGAUAUGAAAAUUUAUUAUUUUAUUUCUCUAAUUGGAUUGGGACAUUCAUAUAUCCAAAAAUUUAAUGAACUAAAAUUAGGUCUACAUUCAUCUGUUUCUUCUAGUAAUGCCGUUACCUUACGUAAAAUGUUUAACUUGUUUUAUGUAAAUGAAUUAACCGAUGUGAAAAAUACAUUGAUGAAUAUUAUAAUGAACUUGUACAUGAAGUUUUUUUACAAGAGGAAAAAAAUGGUAAUAGAUGGAGAAAUAAAAUUUAGUAAAGAAGAAAAAAAACAAAUUGGGGAAAUUAUAUUAUCAAAGGAAAAUGUAAAUAUUGAUCCUUUAGAACUCGAAAAUGAAGAACAAGGAGAAGAUACUAACAGCGCAAGAGAAAUGGACAAUAACCCAAAUAAGUAUACAGUACAUGAAUAUUACUUAAAUUAUUUAAUUAAAAAUGUGUAUGAUUUUUUCUACUCUGUAUUUAAUUGUGCUCCUGAUGAACCAUGUUUUCACGAUAAUGGAAACAUUGCUGAAGAUGCUGUUGAUAGAUAUCUCAGAGAAAAUCCUUUUAACCAAAAAAUGAUUUGGCUAAUACCGAUUCUGUCAAAUUUUUUUAAAAGUUCCUUGAGUAUAUUGUACAUGAAUGAGAAGGAUAUACGUUUGUAUAAAUAUCAGGAUGACAACACUAUGAAAUUUAGCAUCCAGAUUUUAGUUCAAGAUGAGAAAAUGUUCCUUGUUUUACCUACAUAUUUUAUACACAUCAAUAUAUUGAGUAUUGUUACAAAUAUUUUAUUGAAGAACGAAAAUGACGCGACGGAGAAUGGAAGAUAUUUGUCCCCUCUGUAUUCCAACUUGUCAGAAUGUGUACCAAUUUUAGAUGAUUCUAUCAAAAAUACAGCUAAUUCAGAUAAGUACUACAAGACGUACUUUGAAAUUAUUGAAGAAAAAAUAAACCUUUUCUUAAAUAAAAAGAUUCAUAUAUACAGUUUAUUAGUGUCUAUAAGAAAAGACAUACUAAACUUUAAAUAUUUCAUAUAUUAUGAAAAUUUCGUGAAAUUUUUAAAAUUAAUGGAUCACUUUAUAUUAGUACUUAACUCUAAGCUACAACUAAAUGUGGAUUUUAAAUUUGAAGAUAUUUUCAACUCACCAAAUACGUUGGUCAAAUAUUCUAUCAACAAUAUAAUAAAUUUUAUUGAUAAAGAUACUUAUAGAAUUUUCGGAUUUGAAAUUAAAAAAUUCUAUUCCAGGAUAUUUCAAAUAAAUAGCCAUAAAAAAUAUCAAUUCAACUCCUUUUUAAGAUUAUUAGACUUCUUACUCAGCGCUAUAGAAAUAGAAAUAGAAGCUCAAAAUUCUCAAAUAGAAUCGUCGUAUAACUUAAUCGAAAAUACGAAGAGAAGAAAUUACAUUCACAAUUUGAAAAGUCUAGAAUCUCUCAUAAUUUGUGAACAUAUAAAGAUCAUUUCCAACCUAAUGAAAUACAUCGAAAUAAAUUUAGAUAAUAUUAUUAAUCACAUAGUGUAUAAAUCAGAAAAUUUAAAUGUAGAACAUGAAACCAUAAAUAAGGUUCAAAUAAUUCAUGACUGUUGUCUCAAGUACGACUUUAACGAGUUAGGUGCAACCGAAUUAACCAGGAAGUACUUCAAAGAGUUAGAGAAAAACAAUAUUAAAAUUAUUAAUUAUAUUAAAAAUUUGCAAAAUUUGUCAGAUGAAGAAUUAGAUUAUGAAGAAUGGUAUUCCAUUGCAUCUAAAAUUCAAGUUGAUCAUUUUAAAAAAAAUGAAUUAGUUUAUUUUAAAAAUUUGAAAGAAGCAACCUUUUGGAAACAUGGUGCAAAAUAUUUCACUGAAGAAAUCGUGGCGAAAAAGUUGGAUGAACAAAAACUGUACAUUGAAACGAAAGAUAUAAAACGUUUGAGCAGUCACGAAUUAACAUAUAGUGAAUAUAAAGAGCUCUUAUUUGAUGUGAAAAUUAUUAGCAAAGCAGAAAAAGGUUUAGAUUCGAUUCUUCUAAAUAGGGAACAGUAUGCAAUAGCUGUUGUGUGGAAAUUUUUUAAUACUGAAAUUUGUAUCAAUGGAUAUGAUACAAACUUUGAAGAUAUGUAUUCAAAAUUAAAAAAUUAUAAAACCGAUUUUCAAUACGUAUCAUUGUUAAAGAAAGAAGAUAUUUACAAUUUAUACAAAGCUAUUAUCAUAUUUCAUCGUCUUGUAGAAUCAAUUGAUGAGAGAACAUUUAACAAGUACAAAAGUUAUCGAAUUACAAACAUAUUGUUUGAUGAGCUAAUGCUUAAGGGAGUAUUCAUAUCAGGAGAUUCUCUAAUAACUAAAGAGUAUAUAGAAUCCAUAUUUAAUUAUGACAUGUGGAAAAGAGAUAUUAAACAUGUAAAAGUUAGUAAUAUCCUUAUCAGAUCAUUGGUUCCAGCUAAGUAUACUAACUAUUAUUCAACUUCUUCUGUUUUUAAGUUCCUUCGAUUAUUUGUUAAUACUAAUGUGAAUGAAAGUUUGAUAAAUGUACUGUCCCAUGUAAUAUAUAGCGUAUUAAAAUUAGGAAGUACAAAAGAAGACAUUUUUAAAGUAAUUGUCUCAGAGGGAUUACUACGAGGUAGUUUAGACGUCAUUAGACUCAUUUUGAUAAAACUUAAUAUAUCGCUAGAUGCAUUAACAUCCAUUUUUACAAUUAUUCUAAUUAAUUUACAUUACAUUGUCGAAAUGGGAGUAAUUCAAGACAUAUUAGAUAGCAUAGAUUAUCGAAGAGUCUUCUCAAAUUUGUUCUUUCUCUUACAUAACUUAGUGGAAGAGUGCUAUUUUAAAGCGAUAUUAGACUUUUUACUAGAAUAUCCAUUCAUUGUUGAAUUUAUAAAUAAUCAUGAGGAGAAAAUAAAAGAAAUUUUCAUAAAUUUUAAAAGAUUUUUCCUUUUAAAUUUUGGAACAUAUGUUAAUUUUUUUCAACAUUUGUAUGAUAACAUUGAAAAAAAACUUUUAACCUACAUUAAAUAUUUUAUUACCAAAAUUUUGAAUAAUUUGUUACCAUUUUCAUCAGAAUUAGUUGAAAAAAUAAUGCAAAUAGAAAUGCAAAGAAUUAGUUUACUUGAAUUUAUUUCUUUCAAUGAUGAAGAAAGUAUAAUCUAUAUAUAUCAAAAUAUUAUAGCACUAGUACAAGACGAAGAGUUUAUGACAGAUCUUAGAAUUGAUACUAUUAACAAACAUAGAGAAUUUUUUUCACAAGGAAAAAGUGUAAAAAUAUCCACGUCCCAAUUUCUAGACACUUUAUACAAUAAAUAUGACGAACUAUAUCAUCCUAUUAGUAAAUUUCCAACACGAUUAAUGAAAAAUGUUAAAAGAGGUGCUUUGAAAAUUUCACGUAAAAACAACGGUUCGUCCUUUUUUCAAAAACCUUCCAUACAUUCAGAAAAAAUAAAAACAAAAACAAAAUUAAAUGACUUAAGAAGUAAUUUUAACAAUGAUUCUAAUAAUGUUCAUUUCAAUGAAAAGUUCAAGUGUAUGAAGUAUUACCCAAGAAAUGGAAAUUCACACAUACAUAGAUGCACGUCUAAUUAUGCCAAAGGCGACGAGCCUAAAACUCGUGUACCAGAUAAACCUAUUUUAACAAAAAAUUUCGAACACAAUGAACUCCAAAGUGAUCACCUCUUUAUGAAUCCAAAGUCGAUAAUAAGAAAUAUAUUCAAAAAGAAGAAUAAAAACAGAAGAAAUGACAAGAAACAUAAGAUAGGAAAGAAACAGGGAGAUGGUCUUUUACAUGAUAAUAAAUAUUCUCCACAUCACGAGAGGAAUAUUGAAAAUAAGAAAAAUGAGUCAGUCGAACAUUCUAGCAAGGAUAAAAAACAAGGUUAUUACGAAAUGUCAUUUUUAGAAAACAAAAAUAUGAAUCAGGUUAAAAAUUAUUACCUUGUUGAAUCAAAUAGGUAUAGAACACUAAGUUGUUUGGAAAAAAUAUUUCUACACUCUUUUGACAUAAACUCAGAAACAUUAGAAAAUAAAACUAAAAUAUGUAGUUCUUUCUAUAGCCAAAAUUGGACAGUACAGUUAAAAAACAUUUCUAUGAAAAAAUUAAGUGAAAGGGCUAUAUUUACUUAUGGAUAUACACACGAUUUGUUAUUGACGACAAAAGUAGGAUCAGUAAAGUGUGAACUACAUUUCAAAAUUUAUAUUGAGAAUGAAAAAGUAUAUACAAUAAAAAGUAAGAAGUAUAAAAAUGCUAUUGUUGACUUUAACAUUUUUAGAGAAAAUAAUGAACUAUGUUUCCUAGUUGUUAAUAGCAAGAAACAUAGGUCAAAAAAUAUACAUAUUUGCUACCAUGCUGAAUUGGUCCCAUUUUACCAAACUAAUGAUAUAUCAGAUUAUUUAAAUAAAAUUUUUGAUGAUAUUGAUAAUGUGAAUUCAAAUAAAAUUAUGCAAGAAAAUAAAAUGGGUAACGAAAGGGAUAAGACAAACACGAAUGAUGAUAUGUACAAAUAUCCUUUUAACAUAAUUGGAAAUAGUAAUAUCGGAGUCCAUAAAAAUGAAAAUACAACAGAGAUGAAUGAAAGUGGCAUUAAUUGGAAACAUACAAUCAUAGAAGAUGCUCCAGUUCCACAAGCUAAAGGAAUAAGAGGAAAUGACAAAAGAGGUAGAAGUCAUUUAAGUUCUAUGAAUUCCAAGGAUUUGGGUAAUGAUGAGAAUAUUCGUGAUUAUGUCUCAGCUAAAACUGAAAAAAUUUCAACAAAAGUUUCACCAAGCAGAAAGAAAAAAGGUGCUUUAAAGGGAACGCUUAAUAAGAUGCUUAAAGGUGUUAAAAGAGGAAUUAAAAAAAUCAAGGAUAAAGUAAAGAGUAAACCAAAUGAGGGAGAAAAAAAAGAUGAUUCCAAUGAUAACAUAGGGAGAAUGAGAGAUGCAUUGAAAUAUUUAACAGAGAAAAAAAUAAUAAAUCAAUUGUUGGAAUUUGAAUAUUUCCAUUCCAUAAAAUGGACAUCCAACACUUUUAGUGUUACUAUUGAUAAUAUGAAAGGAAAUAAUGAAAACAUCAAAUUAGUACUGGAACUUGGAGAUUAUCACAUAAAAACUUAUUACGAGGUAGAUUUAGAGAAUAAUCAAAAUAUAGAGUCUUUGCAAAAACUAGAUUAUUUUAUUAAAAAAAGCAAUGUGAAGGAUAUUAUUGUUCAGAGGUUGAAGAAGUACACCAAAUUGAACUUUAUUUUAAAAAAAAUUUUUAAGAUUAAUCUUGAAAUUAAAAACAUCUCAUAUAUAAAGUUGAGAAGUACUGUGGACCAGAGGAAGCAAGAAAAUCAUAAUUCAAACACAACCUCCAAUGAAAACAUCAAAGGAGAAGAUAAAAAUAAUGAAGAAGAAGAAGAAGAAGACAAGGAAGACUUUGAGGAAGAGGAGGAGUAUGACGAUGGUGACGAUAAGGAGGAAGAUAAAACCAACAAAGUGGCACAAAAAAAAAGGAGUUCCAACAAUGUAGAAGAACAUUUCGAGGAAUACCUAAAAUUUACGUGGUACAAGGAUCAUGACAAAAGAAGAUUUGAAGCUAUUUUAUCUGUAAAGGCAAUAAACCCCUUAAAAUUAAAAAAUUGUAAUAGCCAAAUUUUAUGUGAAACAAAUGUGGAUAUAAAAAAUGUUUUGAAAUUAUUUAAAAGAUUGAACGAGAGAGAUAAUAAAAAAAAAAACGGAGAAGACAAUUCGAAGGAGAAUUAUGAGCAAGUGGAAGAAAUAGAAAAAAGAGAUGAAACAGAAGAAGGGGGAAAUAACGUAAAUGUAAAUCCAACUACAGAUGUAACAACAAUGGAUUCCAUUGCAAACACUAUUUUGAAACCAUAUGGAAGAAGGAAUCCUAAAGAUAGAUACUUUACUGAUUACGCUACACAUUUCAGUGAGAUAUAUCCUCUAACUGAAGAAGAAAAUUAUUUUAUAAAAACAAGAAUGGAUAAAAAUUGUGCUUUACUUAAAUACAGACUAAUCCUACUUUCUGUUAUAAUAAUUAAAAGUAAUAAUUUAAGUAACCUGAAAAAGAUGAGCGGGUUAAGUGACGAAUUUUUAAGAUCUGAUUACAAACAAUACAAAAAUAUUGAAUUUCAUCAAUAUAAAUUAUUUAACAAGAAAUAUGUAUAUAUAGAAAACAAACAUUAUAUAAUAAAAAAAAAGUUGGAAUGUUUGUUAGGUUUAAAAUUUUAUAAAAGCUUAAAAAUUUCCUUAGAAAAAAAAAAAUUGUUAAACAAUUUUUUAGAAGACUUAACUUCUCAAAUUUCUAAUAUAAAUAGAUUCUUUUACAAAUUCUAUUACAAUGAUAAUUCAAAUAUACAUUCUUCCAGUUUUUAUUUGGAUAAGCUAGAAAAUGUUAAACACUUAUGUCCUCUUAUUUAUGACUUGAUGCGUAAAGAAAAAAUUAACUUAAAAGAUACAUCCAAAAUAGACACAUCUGUGAAAUUACCGAGCACGAAAGAAAUGGAAUAUGAAAUAGAAUUAUGUGAAAAAAAAGUAGGUUUUUACGGAAGUAAUGUUUUAUUUUCUGGAAAAGAAUUGGAUGAUUCGAUAGGAAAGAAGAAAAUUGAAAAUAUUGCUAUGUUUUCAUAUGAAUGUGAAAAAUCUAUAUUUAAUUCUAAAAAUUUAAGCGAAUUAGAUGAAUAUCAUCAAAAUUUUUGCAUAAACAACUUCGAAAAUGAAUUGGAAGAGCGUGAUGAACAAUUUAGACCAAACACAGAAUGGAUCGAUAUGCUACAUAACACUUUCUCUUCGAAAAAAAAUUAUAAUUAUACAGGAAAUAAUUACAGUGAAAUCAGAUGUUACGGAUUUGCUGACAUAGACGAGUUAAAAGAAUAUGAGAAAAAAAAAGAAGCGAAAUGUAGAAUUACUAUUCUAAACAGAACACUCAACGUGUUACAACAGUUAAUGGAUAAAUAUUAUGAAUUGAAAAAAGAUGGAAUAAGCAAUGGAAAUGCAUAUAAUAUUUACACAUUGUAUAAAAAUAUAUACACAGCAAUGAUAUACAAAUUGAUGUUCGAAACAAGACCAUUCAAACCAUUACGUGUUCAACAAAAAUUGAGUGCAGUUGGAAAUAAAUAUACUAAACUGUUAUAUAAAAAAGAAAAUUAUUCAAAAUUUAUGAAACAUAUGUUAAGUAAAACGAGUACAUUAUAUUUAGAAAUAGAAUUGUUAUACAAUGAACAUGUCUUUUUAAGAAAUAUACAUUUUCCUAGUGAAUCAGUAGACAUCCUUAUUUUUAAUCAUAAACCUUUUAGUGAUGAUGCUUAUGGAUAUAAAUUGUCAGCGAAUCCAAAUGAAUAUAUAAGUGAAGGGGAAGAAAAUACAAAAGUUUAUUCCUUUUUUGUUUUAAUUUUAUUAGCAUAUUAUCCAGAAAUACAAAAAUCUCUUUUACAAGUAGCAGAAAAUGCUGAUCUAAUAUUCAAGUUAUUAGAUAUAGAUAUAGUAGAAAUUAGAAAUAUAAUUCAGGCUAGUCAAAGCGGAAAUGACGAGGGUUCAACAAAGGAAGGAACAUCAGUAUACUCUGGGGGAGAAACAAAUUCUAAUUCUUCAACACAAUAUAAUUUGGAUCAGAUGGAUACAAAUCAAUCUAAAAUUGCAACAAAAUUUUCCAACCCCUUAGGAACUAUAUAUAAUUUUAUUUUUCAUAAAACGGAAGAUGCAUCCUCUGAGGGAAACAAUUUUUCAACGACUCCAGAUCAUAAAAAGAUGAAUGGAAAUGUUAAGAAAAGAGAACAACCCCUUGAUGGUUGGACAGACGGUUCUAUCCGUGGUACAAAUUUUUUUUCCACGAGCAUGGGUACAAAUAGUACGUACGAAAUUAGCGAUUUUGUAUGGAUGCAAAAGAAACAAAUAGACAGCAUUAAACGACUAAUAGUACAGCAUGAUCUUGUUGCUUACUUCAUAAAGGGAGUAAAAUUAAUGGAUCUAAAUAGAUUCCUAAAAGAUGAUAAUAUACUAGAUGCAUUUAAAAUGGCAUUAGAUGAAGAACUAAAGAAGAAUGAUUUUUACCAUCAUUUUAUAAAAACAUCCCCACCAUUCAAUUUUGAUGUUUAUAAAGUUCAUCAUUUAUUACUAUUUUCUUUUUAUUAUGCUUUCUCUGAUUUAAUAAGGACCAGAAGACAGUAUGUAAAUUUAGAAUCCAGCAUUAACAGAAUCAUUGAUAGCAACAACUCUGUUUAUAUGUAUCGAACUAAAAGGUACACAACUUUUAAAUUAGAUCCUGAAAAAAGAGCAGUGUUAAAUAAAGAUCAUGAAGAAAUUGCAAAGUUUGUUUACAAAUGUGCUAUACGAUAUCGAUUCAUUCAUAAAGAUGAUAGGAAUAAUAUUAUAUUUAAUUUUACAGAAGAGCAAAUAAAUGAAUUAAUGAUCAUACUAAAUAAUAAAAAAAAACAAGUAUACACAGCAAUCGAUUUAUCAGAAAUUACAUCAUUUGUAGAAGUAAUGGUUGAAAAUUAUAUUUAUAUACUAAAUAACUAUCCUUCCAAUUUUAGUAUUAGUAAACAUUCAUCCUUUUAUGAAAAUUUUAUAAACAAUGUCAAACAAUACUUUUUUUCCCACAACAAAAAUAAUAAUUUAUUACAUAUCAUAAAUCAAAUUGAUAUCAAUUAUAAUAUGCAAACGAUAAAGCAUAUUAAUGAAAAGAGCACAGUUAUUAAUCUGAUCAAAUCAUUUUUAAAGUUUGUUUUCUUAGCUUCCACUAGGUCUUACAAAGUAGACAAAACUAUAAAGCAGAUCAUAAGUAUUGAUCAAGAACCAACAUUGAUGAAAAUGGGUUCUAAUUCAAAACAUUUCAAAAAAAAAAAUACCAUACCUAAAAUGAGUUCCGAGUAUGUCUUCAUACAACGUGACACUCCAAUUACAUCUCUUGAUAAAAAAAGAACCUACAAAACUAGCAAUGAAAUAGUGAAGAUUGGCAAGAAUAUUGAAAAACCGAAUUCAAUAUCACAUCCGUAUACACUCACAAAUACAUGUGUCAAACGAAAUCACUAUUGGAAUUCUUGCACAAAAAAACGUCUCCUCCUAUUAGAUAAAAGGAACAACUCAAAUAAAACCAUGAACAACUUUCCCAUGGUUCCUGGUUUGAAGAAAAAACACACAAGGUGCAUACCAUGCUUUGAAUUAAACGAAAAGUUUAGAGAAAUAUGUAAAAAAGGGAAAAUUAUAAAUCCACAAAUGAGGAAGGGGUCGUCACUGCAAAGACCAUCUUGCAAUAAUAGACUGUGUACAUUUUCUGAUAAAAAGGGGAAAGAAAUAUUUUUCAUAAGGAAUAGGAAAUAUCAGAAAUAUAGCCCACUAAAGGCCGCUAAGAAGAAGAAUAAUAAAGAGAAGUACUACCAAAUACAUGCUGUAAAAAAAGGAGUAAUGGGAAAUUCCAGUUUGGUUCAUCACAAGGAUUAUAAAAUCAGAAGGUUAUCCCCACAAAAGGUCUCAGGAAUAUGUUGUACGAAUGAAAUGAAUAAUGGUGAUUAUGUUGAUGGUUACAACAGUGCUUACGAUGGUGGUUACUUUAAUGGCUACUACAAGGGAUGCAAUCAUGAGGAUGGGAAAGAGAAUGGUCUUGUAGAAGGCGCUGAAAUCGCGAAAAAAUCUACAGAUAGUAUAGAAAAUUCCAGAGGAAUAGUAUACAAUUUUACUGAACAUGAAGUGAAAACAGACACAGACAGUAGCAUAGUUGGUAGCCUCUUUGGUGUGAGGAUGAAUAAUUUAUACUCUAAAUUAAAAGGUGGUGUAUUUUCCUUCACGUUUGUGCAUGGUUUUGAUUUUUUUUUAAGAAAAAGUCUGUAUUUUUAUCGAAAAAACUACAUAUCAAAGUACAUCACCUAUUAUGUCAAAAUGAAUGUAAUACAGAGUUUAGACAUGUUAUUUUUGAUAGUGCGGGAUCAUGAACUGAAGACAUCGUUAACUAAUACACAUACGAUAAAGCAUAGUUUAUUCGACAUGUGUUUGUUUAAUUUACAAAAUUUAUCGGUAUCUAUGAAAAAUAUUCUUAACAUAAUUGAUGAAGACAAAAUUGAGAAAAUAUUAUCUCAAGUUAUUGCCAUUAUACAUAUGAAAUACAUUGGAAAUGCUCGUUUUAUUGAAGAAAUAAUUCAACACAUAAAUUCAGCAUUAUCAAGUAAUGUUACUUUAAAAAAAUUAUUUGGAAAUUUUAUAUCCUAUCUUACUAUUUCGUCCAUACAAACUGUGGAACUGUAUUUUCAUUCAAGAUACAAAAAGAAGUUGCUAAAGGUCAUUAUAGAUAUUUUGAAUAAAGUUUCAGGAACUAUUUCUAACAUUCUUGGUGAACCAUUUUUCCAAUCAUACAUGUGUACAAAUUUGAUCAAAUUAGGGGAAUCAUUCAUAAGCCAAUUUAAUGCUGAAAAUACUGUUUACAGAUUUUUUAUGGAUAUUGGUGAAAUUAAUUUUAUAGACAUACUCAUUUCAUAUGCAUAUAAAUAUUAUCCCAAAGCCGUUCAAGAUUUUCUGGAAGGCUAA